AUGAUGGAGACACAGGACGGAGCAGAGCUCUGCUUUCCACAACUCUUCAACACCUCCUGCAGGAAGCUGACACCUCCUUGGUUUGAAGUGAUGCUCAUUCACAUUUUGCUUUCCUCCAUCUCUCUGCUCACUGUAGCUCUCAACCUGCUCGUCAUCAUCUCAGUCUCCCACUUCAGGCAGCUCCACACACCCACCAACAUCCUCCUCCUCUCUCUGGCUGUCUCAGACCUUCUAGUGGGCCUCGUGCUGAUGCCGGGAGCAAUCCUCCAAAAAACAUCCUGCUGGUUUCUUGGUGACCUUGUGUGUUCUCUGUAUAAUUAUUUAGACCUAAUCAUUAUGUCUUCCUCAAUAGGUGACAUGGUGCUCAUAUCAGUUGACCGUUAUGUGGCUAUUUGUGACCCUCUGCAUUACACUACUAGAAUCACCAUGAAUAGAGUUAAAUUCUGUGUUUUUCUAUUUUGGCUAUGUUGUGUUUCCUACAGCAUUUUCUUUACAAAAGUUGACCUGACUCUACCAGACAGGUAUAUUCCUUGUUACGGAGAAUGUCUGUUGGUCGUUGGCUAUAUUGCAGGGAUUGUGGACCUUAUUUUGAUCUUUAUUGUUCCAGUUACUGUCAUCGUAGCUCUGUAUCUGAGAAUAUUUGCCGUGGCUGUGUCUCAGGCUCGUGCCAUGCGCUCUCACAUUACAGCUGUCACACUCCAGCUUUCAGUAACUCCAAAGGCCAAGAAAUCCGAGCUGAAAGCAGCCAGGACUCUUGGUGUUCUUGUGGUUGUGUUUCUAAUAUGUUUCAGCCCAUAUUACUGCAUUUCUCUUGCAGCUGAAAACUUGCUCACUGCUUCAUAUGCAUCCUUUGUGGUCCCAGUGUUUUAUUUUUUAAACUCUUGUCUAAACCCUGUGAUCUAUGCCUUGUUUUACCCCUGGUUUAGAAAAGCAGUUAAACUCAUUGUAACUCUUCAGAUACUGCAGCCUGGCUCCUGUGAGACCAACAUGCUGUAG